AUGCUGCGACGUGUUCUCGAGGAAGCGCGCAUUACGGACAAUCAGGAUAGGAAAUUGCUGCAAGUUGUCAAGGAGAAAACGCAAGACGAGGUAAAACACAUGCAGAAAGAAGUGCAGAUCAUGAGGAACAAGAUUGAGGAAUAUAAUCGCGGCAUUAAUGAGAAUCUGAGAUUUCUGAGGGGCCUGGAGAGAGAUUUGUCCGCCGGCGACAAGAAGACCUAGGCAAUCACGUUCUCGUUUUUAAGAAUCGCAAUUUUGUGAGACCGAUUUGGAAUAAACGAUUCAUAUCUUUUUCGUCAGUUUGGUGAAAUUUAGCUGAUUGCAUCAAUCACACGAUUUCUUUAUACAUUUAAGCGGCCUCUACCCUGGUGAAAAAAUUUCUAAUAUUUUCUCAGAAAUUUUGUAAGAAUUGUAUGAGGAUUUUCGGAUUUCAGUAUCUGUAUGUAUGACAUUUUUUGAUAACGUGCACAGAUUUUAUGCAUAUUUUAUUUAGAUUUUUACAAAGACGCCCUAAAAGUCUGAAGUAGGUAUUUUAUUAUUAUUUUGUCUGAGUUUUUCUGAAAAACGUUCGAAAUCGUAUAAAAAAUCUGAAAAUUUUUACAAAAAUUCUUGAGACAUUUUUCCUCCAGGGUAAGCGUAACAAUUUCUUGCGUAAUUUUAUCGAUCACUUAACGUAUUAAUUUUGAUAUCCAUUUUAUUUUAUCCGUGCAAUAUCGCGCUAGUAAGAGGACAAUAUACACAUAAGGAAAUGGAAUAUAGUAAAAUUUUUAUUUAAACUUGGAAAAAAUGAAAUAUAUAUCAG